AUGAGUAGUUUUAGAAGUUCACGAGAUAAAAAUCGACUAAAUUUAUUCGACAAACGAGAGAGAAUGAGGUCAUGCAAUGACGCAACACCUUCGUUCAAAGCAGAUAUCCUUCCUGGCAUCAUUAGCUGCUUCUCCCCUCACAUUGGUACUAGUGGCACGGAGGCUGAGUCAAAAACUGGGUCUUUUGAGGAUCUUUUUCUCAAACCACUCACUUAUUUGCUGGAGGACUAUCAAUCGACUGGAGCUGAUAAGGAAUCAACUUUGCCUCGGAAGCGACUCUUUGGACGCAGAAGUCAGAGCACCACAAGCCUAUGCCAACUUGGUGGGUCUACACCCGGGUGGAUAAUGGAAUUGAAAAUCUACACAGUUUAUGACAUAAACACCGGAAUUGUUCGAGACGGAACGAACACAUGUAUAAAAAUCAAGCAGGACUUGUGGACACUUGGAAAGACUUCAACAAAAACGUCAUCAUCACAGCAAGUUUGGGAAGAGACUUUCAAUAUACCCCUUUCAGAUAUCUCUCAGCCCAUUGUGCUAAAGUACUGCAGCCGAAAAGCCGGAAGAUUUACAACUCUGGGCGAAGCAGAACUGUCUUUGGAUGAAUGUAUGAUCGGCUUUACCUAUUCCAAACAUCUGGAAAUUCUAUCACCGGGAUGUUCCAAGCCUAUUGGUACUUUGCGAAUGCAGGUUUGCCUGCAUGACAAUAACUCCUCUCCGUGUGGAGCCAAGUCCUGCUCUUUCGAGAGUGGUCAUAGAUCCCGUAAGCCUUCUUUCCUACAGCGCAAACUGCAUUCCAAGCAAAAAUCUUCCUCAACUUCAAACCUUCUGAACACAACUACGGCCAUUGUUGGCCCUCUCAAGUCUGGAGUUCAAAUCUUCGAGGCUAGAUACUUGGGGCUACUCCAACUGAAUGUUGUGACUCGACCUUUCAGCGUAUAUGCCCGCCGAUGGAGUCCUCUGGAAUACCAACCUGGUGAGGUAGUUGUGAUCACAAAUCCACUGACAAAGGCAACUGAGUUAGUGUCGCCACGUUUGCCCUGGCCUCCCCACUUCCUACGUGGAGUGACUGCACUUGAUUUUGAUCCAAUAUCUGGUCCUCAGGUCAGCCAAUUUGAUUCUGCUGUUCUCUACAUCAACGUACUCAGUGCUUGUGGUCUUCAGUCCAUCCCCUUGGCGAAAUUUCUUAGCAAAUGCCGCAGAGAUGGAAGUUCGUAUGACUCAAUUCAAAGUGGUGUGAUGGCCGCCAGGUUGAUUUCUUACUAUCAAACUAUGGCGAAACAUGUGCAACCACUCUCCACACAAGUUCAACUGCAAAUGGGGAAGGAUAAAUAUCUCACCACUGUUGGUUAUGCUUACUCUGCUUAUAUUAUCAGUUCUUUUUCUGGUGGCAUUGAAAAAUCGACCUUUGAUCCGGUUUGGAACCAAGUAUUCACUUUCAACAUAAACUGUAACUCAAAUAGUCUUAUUGAGGUACAGCUAAUGUGUAUUCAUAAUCCAAGUAUUGCCGGCCCUGCAGCUGGAACGGAGAAGAUUGGAGAAGCCCUUAUAGAUAUAUCUCGACUUCCCAUGGAUUUCACUCAACGAAUUGAAAUUGAGCUGAAUGGCAAACGACCAAAACCGCGUUUACUAGUUCUGGCAACUCUUACUGGUCUCACCAAAUCAAAUAUUCCUUGUCCAUGCUUAGCCUUACCUCCACCCAGUGUUACCUCGCCAGGUGCUUGUUGUGAUCAACAAUGCGAUACUGAAUCGAAUUGUGUGCAAUCAACUCAGCAGAAGACUUCACAAGAAAACGAAGGUGCCUGCCCAAUGCACCUAAACGAGGGAUGUGGAGCAUCAAUGAAUAAAACCAAAAACCCGAGUCAACUAUCGGCUGAGGAAAUAGAUGCUCAAAUUGUUGAGCACUAUGUGAGUUUCCUAUUAGAAGCUUAUAUAUGGCCAUUGCUAGUGGCAUAUCAGGCCUGUGCCAGACGUUUUAUUCCAGGAAAAAUUUCACUAUUACAUCCUCCGAGACGUAAUGCUAUAAAUACACAAAGAUUAAUUUUGUCAGACAAGUGUUUCAAUAAGUAUUUAUUUAUUAAUAACAAAUGGCAAGCGUUUUGA